AUGUCUGCCCUUAUAUUCGAUCGCCUUGGGGCGCUAGACGACCAGACCGUAACGACGAUACUCCAGUUUCAGCUCGAAGAUGUCAACGAACGCGCACACGGCCUCAAGGGCAAAGGUGUUGAAGGCACAGUCAGCGAUGCGGACUACGCUCUUGAGUUAUACAGACAGGAGAUCGGAGAGAGUAUCCAAUAUUUAAACGACCGUACCAUGGGAAGGAGCAUCGCCAACGCCGUCCAAUCCGACCGACACCUUCUAGGCGAGGUUAGCCGAGAGGAAGAAAUCGCUAUACACGACCGAGAGCUUGCUCUUAAACUAAACGGUGACGAAGACGCGGAGGAACCGCUCCUUGCGACGCUAGCUGCGCUCUACAUCUCGGAGGAUGUUGGCACAGAAAUAUAUAUUGAGGACGAAGAUGAACUAGUAGGCGACUCUUCAUCUGGCAGACGGAAAGGCAAAGGGAGGGCGGAAACGACGCUUAACCAGUUCUACGAGAUCUACCGAGAGGACAAGAAGUUUUUCGAUAUCACCCGGAACCCGUACGGCCACCACUGCUGCCGCGAUUGCAUAGACCAGCUCUUCCAGGCCUCUAUAACGGACGAGACGCUCUUUCCGCUACGCUACUGCGGGCAGCCAAUCCCGCCUUACUCUAUACGCAUGUAUCUAACCGCCGAUACUCUCAGGGACUUUAAGCGGAAAAGGGAGGAGCUCGAGACACACAACAGGACAUAUUACGCCGUGCCGCGGUACUCGGCUUUUAUCCCUCCUAAAGAUAUCCAAGGGGAAGUAGCCUGUACUCAUGCUGGAGAUUGCCUAAACGACGAAGCUUUACAACAGCUUCUAGAAACGGCGGAGACAAAUAGUUAG